CUUUUGUUGGCUCCUCUCUCUCGUUUUCGUCACCGCGCUUCAGUUUCUUGUGUUUGUCAGUUGCUUCAAUUAAAGCCUUCUUAAGAUCUUCUCUAUCUUUUUUUUAAUUGAUUUUUAUCUAUUUUUUCCCUCUUUCGUAUCAACAUGGAUCAUCCCCAGAAUGCUGCUGAUAAUCUUAAUUCGUCAAGGCAGCAUUCUGCUGAAUCCACCAGGGAGAAUCCCCCAAUCGUAUAUGACACAACAGAUGCCAUAAGCUAUAUGAGGAAAGUUAGAGACACGUAUUUAGAUCAAAAGGAAAAAUAUGAUGCGUUCAUUGACCUUAUGAGAGAGUACAAAGAUAAAAGGGUUGAUAAUCCGGGAGUCAUUGCCGGGUUGAAGAAACUGUUUGUAGAGCAUCCGAACUUACUUCUCGGUUUCAAUAAAUUCUUGCCCCUGGGGUUUGAAAUCACGUUGGAUAAUGAAGAAGAGGUUACCCCUGAUGAGCUCAUAGGGGAAUAUGAGGAUAAUGAAGAAGAGGUUACCCCUGAUGAGCUCAAAAGGGGAUAUGAGGAGGCUGUAGGUUUCGUUGACAAGAUAAAGGAGCGUUUUGGAAGCAACCACCCUACCUACACUUCUUUUGAGGACCAUUUGGAUGCCUACAAGGAUGGAGCCAAGAGCAUUGAUGAGCUCUACCGUGAGGUUGCGGCACUUUUCAAGGACCACCCAGAUUUGCUGGCCGAGUUCACCAAAUAUAUUCAAGAAGAUUAA